AUGACGGCUGCUGCCCGUCCUAUCUACUUUCUUUGCGGUCAUGUAGCAUGCCAUGCAUGUUACGAUGAGACGACCAAUUGCCCAACAUGUGACGUCCCCGUGGGCACCGCGUACUGGUUUCAUCCGCUGCUCCAGUUUUUUGACGAACUGGCUAAACAGUCUAUGGCUUCCAAAACGGCUGUGAAGGAGGAUCUGAAUUGCGCCGAUUGCAACAUCAGCCAGCCGGUGGAGCGACUGCUGAGUUGCGUCAACUGCAAUACGCUGGUCUGCGGGAUUUGCCAAUUCCAUCAGCAUCGCGAGCAUAACGUGACGCCGUUGUUGGGAAUCGAGUUGGCCAAAUUGAAGACGGGCACCGGCGAGCGUUACGAUGCGAAAUUGAGCGGCCUCCAUAAGAAUCUGACAUUCCUCCACCAGGAAGUCGAGAAAUCCAUUGUGAAGGUGAUUGAAAUCGGGAAUCGGCGUCUGCAAGAAGUGGACCACCAAACGAGGUUCAUUUCCGCGAAGAACAUCGCCACCGAAGUCGACGUGGCCUCGAACGAGUUCGAGCAGCAUUGUGAGGAGUACAUUCCGGCCGCCCGCGUCUUCAAUGAGAAAUUGACCAAGCUUGGGGAGAAGCUUGAAGGACCCGCUAAGAAU